UGGGAUUAGCUGUCGUCUCUUUCAGCACUCCCUGAAUUCCAUUCCGCCUUUUACUUUUUCGGCAGUGCUCUCUCUCUCUGUCUGCACAAGACUUCCUAGUGACUUUGCAACACAGCAUUCAGCCUACAACAAGUCCCAAGUUUCGGAGCGCAACGGGAGGAGAAGGAGAAGCAAGUUUGGAGCCCUCCUUUGGACUCGAUAUUUGUGCGUUCCAACUGAGAAAAACGCAAGUGCGUAAAGGGAUCCGUGUUACCUGUGGAUGAAGUCCCACCGGGUGCGGGACGCAGAGGAGCAGUCGGGUUUCUUCACAGAGAAGGAAAGUCGGGAAAAGGUGCACCGCUCCAGUGGCCAGGAGGAGUGAGGGACCUCGGUUAUUUUUUCUUUUACCUUUUUUCCCCAGCAAUCGCAGCCUGUGCUGGGUUGGUGGAAAAUGGGCACUAUGACCACAGCGACCUGUGGACUUAUCCUCUCCUUGUUACUCACAUGCCAGCUGGUUACUGUGACUCAGGCCUCCAAGGUGUGGGGAGAGGUCCCUCUGCCAGAAGACUUGGAGGCAGAAAAAGAUGUCCAGGCGUCUCAGAGUUUACUGGAUGAUGACGAAGACUUUGCUGCUGAUGAAGCUUCAGGAGAUCUGCCCAGUGGAGAGGAUGAUGGAAGCACACCGUGGCCUCCGUCUGAGAGCACAAAACAUUGGUUGGACUCUUCAUAUCUGGGGAACAUACAGAGCCCAGUCGAGCCAGAGUACAUUUAUUACAGAGCUCUCGUCAACUUCACUGACUCCCUGGUGUAUGGCCCUGAACUCGAGGACAUCUUCUCUCCUGCCUUUAAUGAGAUUUCUGAAGCAGUGGUAGACACGCUGGAGUCGGAGUAUAACAGGAUUCCAGGUGUCCAGACGGUCAGCGUGGUCCUCAUUAAAAAGAUGAUCAGAGAGGAUGGCGUUGACGUGUUUGUGGAACUGGACGUGGGUUCUGACUACAACACCAAUGACGAACAGAUCCGCAGCGUAUUGUACAACGUGGUGAAGGAGGGAGCCAUUGCUUCCUAUGUCACGUCAGUCCAGGGCUUUCAGUUCAGACGACUUGGAGAAGCUCAACCUCUGCCUGCAGUGGAACCUAUAGCAGUGCCAGUAACCCCCAGUAUGAGACCCUGCAUGGCAGAUGAGCACAGGUGUGGUGAUGGGACAUGUAUCCUGAUGGAAUACCUGUGUGACAACAGACCAGACUGCAGAGACAUGAGUGAUGAGAUCAAUUGUGAAACAAAACGGCCAGUCGCUCCAGUUGCUACAACACCUGCCACCACAACCACAACCAUCAAGAAGCCGCCGCGUCCCCCCAGCCCGCCUGGACCCUGCAGAGCAGAUCAGGCCACCUGUCAGAGUGGAGAGUGUAUUCCACGGGACUAUGUCUGUGAUGGAGAGAGGGACUGUUCAGACGGAAGCGAUGAGUUCAGAUGUGGUACUCCGUCUCCCUGUGAACCCAAUGAGUUCAAGUGUAAAAAUGGCCGCUGUGCCCUCAAGCUUUGGCGCUGUGAUGGCGACAAUGACUGUGAGGAUAACUCGGAUGAAACAGACUGUCCCACCAAGGGUCCUGGUGACAGGUGUGCUCCUGAGCAGUUUGAAUGCCUGAGCGAUCGCACCUGCAUCCCAGCCAGUUACCAGUGUGAUGAAGAGCCAGACUGCCCUGAUCGCUCUGAUGAGUACGGCUGCACCCCUCCUUCUGUAACAAGCCCACCAGAAGAGUCCAUUCAGGCAGCACGGGGGGCCACGGUGACGUUUACUUGUCAAGCUGUUGGAGUUCCAACACCAAUCAUCACCUGGAGACUCAACUGGGGACACAUUCCAGUCAGCAGCAGAAUCUCCAUGACCAACGAGAACGGCCGUGGCACCCUCACUAUUCGUGAUGUGAAGGAGUCGGAUCAGGGGGCGUACACCUGUGAGGCCAUUAACGCUAAAGGCCUGGUGUUCGGCAUCCCCGAUGGAGUGUUAACCCUCACAUCAAAUCCAAAUCCAGGCAACUGUCCUGAUGGUCACUUCAGUGUAAAUGGCCGCUGUGUGUCCUGCUUCUGCGCUGGAAUCACCAAAAAUUGCAAGAGCACUGGACGCUACCGCAACCAGAUUAGCCUGCGCUUCACUGAGGAGGAAGACUUCAAAGGAGUGAACGUCACCUACCCCUCCAGGCCUGGCACUCCUCCUCUGUCUUCCACUCAGCUCCUUAUUAACCCCGAGAUGCGAGAGUUCCAGCUCGUCGACCUCUCACGUCGUUUCCUCAACCUCGACUCUUUCUGGACCUUGCCUCGUCAGUUCCUGGGCAACAAAAUUGAUUCCUAUGGAGGAUCCUUGAAGUUCAAGGUGCGGUACACACUGGCCCGCGGUCUGUCUGAGCCUGUGGAGAAACCCAGUGUGAUGCUGGUUGGAAAUGGACGCAGGCUUGUGUACCGCAGAGGCAGCGGCACCCCUCCCAGUGUGGUCAACCAGAAAGAGAUCCAAUUCACUGAAGACAACUGGCAGCACUCCAAUGGUCGCCCUGUGAGCCGGGAGGAGCUGAUGAUGACUUUGGCCAACCUGGAGAGCAUCAGCAUCCGCACCAUCUACGACAACCACAUGGUCAGCGUGGCACUCAGUGACAUCGUCAUGGAUACCACCACUGUGGAGUUUAGCAUUCUGGGUCAUGCCAAGGACGUUGAAGAGUGCAGAUGUCCUCCUGGAUAUAUGGGCCUGUCUUGUGAGAUGUGUUCCUCUGGUUUUGAGCGGGCCCCUGGUGGCUCGUACCUUGGCACCUGUGCUGGUUGUAACUGUAAUGGACACGCCACUGCCUGCGAUCCAAUCAGUGGACACUGUCUGAGCUGCCAGCACAACACAGAGGGCCCUCAGUGUGACAAGUGUCGCCCUGGCUACUUUGGUGACCCAAGCCGAGGUCGCACCGAUGACUGCAAGCCCUGCCCCUGCCCGUACUCUGAGACCUCACGUCGGUUCUCCGACACCUGCUUCCUCAACAUUGACCAGCAGCCAACAUGUGAUGCCUGCAAGCCCGGCUACACAGGAAGACGCUGUGAAAAGUGUGCUCCUGGUUACCAGGGUAACCCCCUUCUGCCCAAUGGAAAAUGUGUUCUUAACCAAAAUUCAAAGUGUGAUAACAGAGGAACUGUCAGCUCCAGCAGCCGGCCGUGCAGCUGCAAGAACAACGUGGCAGGCGCUUUGUGCGAUGAGUGUAAGGACGGGUUCUUCCACCUAUCAGAGGCCAACCCUGAAGGCUGCCUGCGUUGCUUCUGCAUGGGCGUCACCAAACAGUGCGCCAGCUCCACUUGGAACAGAGAACAGGUGCGAGGAGGAGUGAACGGGCAGCUCUUCUCCCUCUCCAACGCCGCCAACACUAAAACUAUCUCUGAAGGCAUCUCCCAGAGGGGCUCCUCUGAAGUUGUCUACCGCUCCUUCUCAAGUGUCCCCAAUGAUGUCUACUACUGGGUCCUGCCUGAGAGCUUUAGAGGAGAUAAGGUGACGGCGUAUGGAGGGGAGCUUCGCUACACAGUGAAAUUUCAACCAUACCAGCGCUCACUGGCGAUUAACGGUCAGCCGGAUGUGGUUCUCCAAGGCAAUGGCAUCUUCCUGGAACACUACUCUCAGACUAAGCCUCUCCCACGUGUCCAACAAACUGUCACUGUGACCUUCAGAGAGUCCGAAUGGCGGCGUGCUGAUGGGCAGCCGUGUACUCGUGAGCACCUGCUGAUGGCUCUGGCUGACAUUACAGUCUUCAUGAUCAGGGCCACCUAUGCAGACAACAUUGUUGAGAGCAGUAUCUCAGAUAUCAAGAUGGACAUUGCUGUUCCUCACUCAACUGGAAAUGAACGUGCUCUGGAGGUGGAAGAGUGCGCCUGCCCUCAGGGCUACAGAGGACCAUCAUGCCAGGAAUGUGAUGAGGGUUACACUCGGACCAGCUCUGGCCUUUACCUGGGCACUUGUGAGAGGUGCGACUGCAACGGUCAUGCCAGCGGCUGUGACCCGGAGAGCGGCAGGUGUCUGCAAUGUCUCCAUAACACUGCUGGAGCAAGAUGCGAGCGCUGCCAGACUGGUUUCUAUGGGAACCCUUUAACAGGUGGUGCUCAGGCCUGUCAGCCUUGCCCCUGUCCUGGAACCACUUCCGGCAACCAAUUCUCCUCUUCCUGCUAUCUGGACUCUGAUGGUCAGCCGACCUGUGACAACUGUCCGCCUGGAUUCACUGGCCGACGCUGUGAAAGAUGUGCUGCAGGAUACAGUGGCAACCCAUUGCUUGGACAGAGAUGUAGCGUUGGCAAUGAACUCAAUGGUAACUGCUAUAACUGUGACCAAAGAGGACAUGAAAGCUGCAAUGGUGGUGUGUGCCAGUGCAAGAUGAACGUUGAAGGCUCAUCUUGCUCUACCUGUAAGCCUGGAACCUUCCAUCUCAGUCAGGAUAACAAAGAUGGCUGCCUGUCCUGUUUCUGUAUGGGUGUCACUCAGCAGUGCUCUAGCUCUGCCCACUAUAGAGAUCUGGUGUCCUCAGUCUUCUCUCCAGGAAACUUUCAGGGUUUCGCUCUGGUGAACCGUCAGCGUACAAAUCGCAUUUCCACUGGUUUUACUGUGGAGGUUUCCACUGAAGGCACUCAGCUGUCCUACAGCAACUUCGACUACCUGGGACAGGAGCCUCACUACUGGCAGCUUCCAGGGGUUUACCAGGGAGACAAGAAAGAUUCUGUCUUUGCUCGUGGGAAACGAGCAGACCAGAGUGACUCGUACUUGCCAGAGGAGCAGCUCAGGAAGGAUGCUUCCAUUUGGAACCUAAUGGCCUCUGAGCGUAAAGACAACAACAGAUCCAAAAGAGCUAGCCAGGGUGAUGUCAGACAGCUGGAUGAUGAGGUCUGGGCACUCCUCUCUAAUUUCUCCAAUGGACGACCUGGUUCCCCUCCAAUCUUUCCCCCCUCUAAAUCCUCCUCCUUUUCCUUUUCCUCCUCUUCUUCUUCUUCUUCCUCUUCUCGGGUCCCAACUUCCUCUUCUUCUUCCUCUUAUUCUCGAUGGCCUUUGCGUAACCUGAGCCCCCCUUCUCCUCCAUCUGGUAUCUCCUCUCCAGUUAGACCAACCCGGCCCCAACCCUACUCCCCAGGGCACGCUCCUCAUCUGCAGAGCAAGAACACAGUGAGCAAGACUGCUAGUGCUUCUGGGGGCAACAACAAGUACGUUCUGGUCUACAAAGGUUUCAGCUUGCAACAGGAUGAUCUGCUCUACUGGCAGCUCCCAUCGCAGUUCACAGGGGAUAAGGUUGGUUCUUAUGGUGGUAAACUUAAAUACACCAUUUCCUACGUGGCUGGUCCAAGAGGAACACUGCUUGACGAUGCUGAUGUCCAGAUUAUUGGUAAUGACAUCACCUUGGUAGCUCUUCAGCCUUGGACGAGGAGGCAGCAGGGCAGCAGAGAGACCAAACAGUUUGAGAUUGUUUUCAGAGAGGAAAACUGGCGUCGACCUGACGGCAUGCCCGCCACCCGGGAGCACCUGAUGAUGGUCCUGGCUGAUCUUGAUGAUAUCUUGAUUCGAGCAUCUUACUCCAGUGAGAUGCGCUCCUCCAGCAUCUCUGAUGUCAACAUGGAGGUUUCUGUGCCCAACUACAGCGGCUUGGCUCAGGCCCUGGAGGUGGAGCAGUGCCGCUGCCCUCCUGGAUACCAGGGGCUCUCCUGCCAGGACUGUGCACUUGGAUACACUCGCACUGGAGGAGGCCUGUACUUGGGCCACUGUGAGCUCUGUGAAUGCAACGGCCACUCGGACUCCUGCCACCCUGAGACCGGCAUCUGCUCGAGCUGUCUGCACAACACGCAGGGGGAGCUCUGUGAGCAGUGUGCUCCCGGCUUCUUCGGCGACCCCACCGUUGGCACUCCAGAGGACUGCCAGCCAUGCGCCUGCCCUCACACUGACCCAGACAACCAGUUCUCCCCAACUUGUGAGAGCCUCGGAAAUGGAGGCUAUCAGUGCACUGCCUGUCAGCCCGGCUACACUGGCCAGUACUGUGAGCGUUGUGCUCCUGGAUAUGUUGGCAACCCACAGGAGAGAGAGAAGUGUCGUCCAAACGAUGUUGCAGCCUCCUUGGUGGUAAAGGUUUACCCAGAGAGGGUCCUAGCAUCACAGGGCGGCCCUGUCACUCUGCGCUGUCAGGUGUCUGGAUCUCCUCCACACUACUUCUACUGGUCCAGAGAGGAUGGACGGCCCAUCGCCAGCAGCGCUGACCGACGCAGACAAGGAGCAGAACUGUACUUUCCCAACGUCCAGCCAAGUGAUGCUGGUGUUUACGUCUGUACCUGCCGCGACCAGCGUAGCACUAACAGGAGCCGGGCUGAAAUUGUCGUCACAAGUGUCCAGUCCAAAGCCAUUGAGGUAACAGUUGAGGAGCCUAAAGCUCAGACUGUCAGAGUUGGAUCUACUGUCAGCUUCAUCUGUACUGCAAAGAGCAAGUCACCCGCCUACACCCUGGUGUGGACCCGGGUGGGUAAUGGGAAACUUCCCAACCGGGCCAUGGAUUUCAACGGCAUCUUGACAAUUCAGAACGUCCAACCAGAAGAUGCUGGCGUUUACGUUUGCACAGGCUCCAACAUGUUUGCCAUGGACGAGGGCAAUGCCAUCCUCUACGUGCCAGAGGCCUCACAGACUCAGAUGUUUUACACAGCGUAUGAAAUGUUUGAAGGACACAGAAAGCCUGCAGAGGGGGCCCAGCCUGUGGCCACCAUCAGUCCCUCGGUGCUGAACGUCCAGCAGGGCCAGCGGGCAGAGCUUCGCUGCACAGUGACUGGAAACCCAACCCCUGCCAUCGAAUGGAUCGGAGGUCCAGGGAACAGAAUGAGUCCCAGAGCUGUGAUCCGAGGUGGUGUACUGACCUUCACAGCAGUGGACCCGGCUGAUGAGGGAGAGUACACCUGCAAGGCCCUGAACACUCACGGCGAGCACACUGCACGGGUUUCCCUCUUUGUCCAAAAAUAUAACCCAAGUGGCCUUGGCACCCAACCACAAGUCCAAGUCAGUCCCCAAAAUAUUGAGGUCCAUGAAGGCGACACCCUGAGGUUGUACUGCAGAGCAUCAGGAUCACCCACCCCUAAGCUCACCUGGCUGAAAAACGGUGGACAAAUCCCUCCCCAGGCCAUUCCCUCUCACGGUUUCCAUCAGUUUAAAAGCAACAGUCUCGAUGUGUUACAGAGACGUAUUGAGGAGCUGCAGGCACGAAUGGACCGAACUGACAUCGGUACUCUGCUGAUCCCCAACAUCAAGAUGUCUGACUCGGGCACGUACAUGUGCGUUGGCAGCAACAGUGUCGGCUCAAAUAGUGCUCCCAUUAAAGUCAGCGUGCUCAAAGCGGACCAUAACACCGCAGCUGUUAGCAUCCAGCCAUCUAUAGCUGACGUCCAGGAGGGCCAGAAUCUGGAGCUCAACUGUUUUGCUCCUGGGAAUCCUCCUCCUCCAGUCACAUGGACGAGAGCCAGUGGACGCCUCUCUUCCAACCACCAGGUUGUGGGUAGUCAGCUGCGUAUCCUGUCAGCCACUCCAGAGGACUCAGGAGAGUACAUCUGUCGGGUGCAGGGCAACCCGGCAGGAUCCCAUAUUCAUCAGUCCUCUGUGUCCGUGUCCGUCACUGCAUCUUCUUCACGCCUACAGAGCCCAAUCAUCGCCAUUGAACCCCACAGUGCUGCAGUGCGUCUGGGGGAGUCGGCCAGCUUCAGAUGCAGGGUGUACAGCGGAGCCCAGCCUGUUCGACUGGAGUGGAAACUGGCCAGCAACCAGCCGCUGCCAGAUAAUGUCAAAAUUGGCCCUGAUGGCUCUGUUAUGACCAUUACCAAUGCUCGCCGAAGCAACCACGGUGCCUACCGUUGUGUGGCCAGCAACCCGUUCGGCAUCACCCACACCAUUGUGUCUUUGAUUGUUAAAGAGUCUCCUGUGGCCACUGUCACCCCUGUUGGGCCUCUGCAUGUCAGGGUGGGUGAACCCAUUAACCUGGAGUGCCAAGCAUCAGGAGAGCCUCGCCCCUCAGUCUCAUGGCACAGGCUGGACAACAACCGCAAGACCAUGCUGAGCAGCCCUGUGCCCAUGGAGUCCAAUGCAGUCAUGCAGAUUCUAGUAGCACGCCCAGAAGACAGUGGCACAUACGUGUGUGCAGCUCGCAACAAUGAGGGUACUACUGAGACUAAAGUGGAAGUUUUUGUCGAGGGAGGACCCCAAGUUCCUACAGUGCCCAGGGCCUCUGUUCCUGAACCACUCAUGGUUGUGGUGGAGGGACAGACUGCCACACUGCGCUGUGACGCCCAUGGUUUCCCCUCCCCAAAGAUCACGUGGUCCAAGCUGCGGUCCCCUCUGCCAUGGAGACACAAGGUGGUGAACAACAGCCUGGUGCUGCCCACCGUUGGUCGGCAAGACUCUGGAGAAUACAUCUGCAGUGCCACCAACAACAUGGGCACCACUGAUGUCACCAUCAUGCUCGAUGUAGAGACUCCUCCUUACGCCACCUCUGUGCCUGAUGAUGUGGCUGUGCGGGUCGGGGAGGUGAUCCGGCUGCAAUGCCUCGCCCACGGCACUCCUCCCUUGACCUACACUUGGACCAAGCUGGAUGGAAACCUGCCUCCAAGAGCUCAAGUUAGCGGAGGGGAUCUCCAGAUCAACCUGGCGACCACGGAGGAUACUGGGAGCUACAAGUGUGUGGCCAGUAACAAAGUGGGCAACAGCGAAGUGGUUGCUAAAGUUAUGGUCAGAUCUCCCUUGGCAGUGCGGGUGUCCCCUCAGGUUGAAGUUAAAGCCCAGGGCAGCGCUGUGGAGUUCACCUGUUCAGCAGCAGGCGGCAUAGAAACCAAGAUUGAGUGGCUGAAGGAAGGAGGAGCCCUGCCACCAAACCACCACGUCAAGGAUGGAGUGCUGAGGAUUGAGAACCUUGAGCAGAGCAAUGAAGGCGUUUACAUCUGCAGAGCAAGCAGUGUCUAUGGCCAAGCACAGGACACUGCUAGGUUGACUAUUCAAGCUCUGCCAAAGGUAAUGAUCAAUGUACGUACCUCAGUGCAGACCGUGAUGAUCGGGAACUCUGUGGAGUUUGAAUGCCAGGCUGUUGGCGACCCAGAGCCCACUGUCAAGUGGAGUAAAGUUGGUGGAUCUCUGCCUGCCCACAUCAUGGUGAAGGGUGGCAUGCUGAAGAUCGACCAGGUGACGGAGGCCGAUGCCGGCCAGUACCGCUGUACAGCUACCAAUGAUGUAGGCUCAGUGCAGUCUCAGGUGGUCCUUAAUGUCCAGUCUCUUCCUCAAAUUGCUGCACUGCCAGAAACUAAGGAGGUGACGGUCGGCUCUGAUGCAGUUUUGCCCUGCGUGGCUUCAGGAUACCCUGUACCUGAGAUCAAAUGGUCCAAGCUGGAAGGAGAGCUUCCUCCGAAGUGUUUCCAGGAGGUCAACGUGCUGACGGUUCCCCAGGUCACCCAUGAGGAUUCAGGCACAUACGUCUGUACCGCCUCUAACAAACAGGGCAAAGUAGAAGCCUUUACUACACUUGAAGUCCAUGAGAGAGUGAUGCCAUACUUUGCCCAGGAACCCGUGUCGUACCUCACCCUGCCCACCAUCAAAAACGCCUACAAAGCUUUCAGCAUUAAGAUCAGCUUCAGACCUGAUAAUGUUGAUGGUCUCAUAUUGUAUGCUGGUAUGAUCCUGUACAACGGCCAGAGGAGGACCACAGGAGCUGACUUCAUCUCUGUGGGACUUGUGGGUGGCCGCUUGGAGUUCAGGUUUGACGUGGGCUCAGGCAUGGCCACCAUACGUGACCCCAAUCCCAUUAAACUGGGCGAGUUUCACACAGUUGAGCUGUAUCGCAACCACACCCUGGGGUACAUCAUUGUAGAUGGAGGGGAGCCCAUCAAUGGCAGCUCACAGGGCAAGUUCCAGGGCCUGGAUCUGAAUGAGGAGCUGCAUGUCGGUGGUUACCCCAACUACACAGUCCUCGCCAAAACCGCAGGCAUUAAGACUGGUUUUGUGGGAUGUAUUCGUCAGCUGGUCAUCCAGGGUGAAGAAGUUAUCUUUAAGGAUCUUGACCGCAGCUCUACAGGUGUCACAAACUGUCCCACCUGCAAAGAUCAUCCAUGCCAGAAUGGAGGAAGAUGUGAGGACUCGGAGGCCAGCUUGUAUAAGUGCAGCUGCCCCAGAGGAUUCACAGGCAGCAACUGCCAGCACCACUCAUCUCUGCACUGUCACUCCGAGGCCUGUGGACCAGAUGCUACCUGCAUUAACCGGCCCAGCGGCCUGGGCUAUGACUGCCGCUGCCAUCUUGGCAAGUUUGGAAACAAAUGCAUGGAUGGGGAGCUGGUGACCACUCCACUGUUUGACGGUGAGGAGUCAUACAUCGCCUAUCCUCCUCUGACCAACAUCCACGAUGACCUGCGUGUUGAGCUGGAGUUCAAACCACUGGAGCGGAAUGGCCUGAUGUUCUUCUGUGGUGGGAAGAAAAUGAAGGUGGAGGACUUUGUAGCCGUUUCUAUGGUGGAUGGGCAUGUGGAGUUCAGAUACGAACUGGGCACAGGCCAGGCUAUCCUUCUCAGUCCUGAGCCAGUCUCUCUGGGCCAGUGGCACAGAGUUGUGGCUGAGCGGAACAAGAAGGCCGGCCACCUGAAGGUUGACCAAGGCCCAAUGGAGAGGAAAAUGUCUCCAGGAAAAGCCCAAGGCCUCAAUAUCCACACUCCAAUGUACCUGGGAGGAGUGCCCAACAUGGACAUCCUGCCUAAGCCUGCCAAUGUCAGCGAAAUGUUUGAGGGCUGUGUAGGAGAGGUUUCCAUCAACAACAAGAAGGUUGACCUGUCCUACAGCUUCACCGAAAGCAGAUCUAUCAGCAAAUGUGUGGACAACAGCCCCUGUGACCGCCGGCCCUGCCUGAAUGGUGGACACUGCAUGUCUAAUGCUGAAUAUGAGUACCAGUGCCUCUGUAAGGAUGGGUUUGAAGGUGAGCGCUGUGAGGUGGUGAAAGACGUGUGCCAGAGCAACCUUCAGUGCGAAAAUGGUGGUAGCUGUGUGGACGGCCAGUGUGUGUGUUCACCCGGGCACACAGGCCUCAACUGUGAUGAAAGCCAGGUUUCCAGCUUCCCCGAGGCUGCGUGGAAUUCGGAAGCUAGCGAGGCAAAUGAUUCACCCUACCAGUAUGCAGCUCAUUUUGACAAUGACGGAUACAUCGCCCUUCCUAAAUCCAUUUUCCCAAGAAGUUUUAGUGCCCAUGACUCACCAGAGACAAUUGAAAUGGAAAUCAACACCAGCUCCCCUGAGGGCCUGAUCCUGUGGCAGGGAGUGGAGACCAAUGGCGCACGCAAUUUGCGAAAGGUGCAUGCUAGUAAAAAGGAACAUGGAGAACAUGGAAAAGGAAAGGACUUCAUCAGCCUUGGCCUACAGAACGGACACCUUGUUUUCAGUUACCAGCUGGGAAGCGGGGAGGCAGAGAUUUUGUCCCAAAAGUCCAUCAAUGACGGCAAAUGGCAUAAGAUCACAGCUGUCAGAGCUGGGAAGGAAGGAUACAUCCAGAUUGAUGGAGGAGCAACACUACAUGGACAGUCUAAAGGCAAAAGCCUCAUGGUCAACACCAAAGGCAGUAUAUACCUUGGUGGAGCCCCAGACAUGGCCGCGAUGACGGGAGGCAAGUUUUCAUCAGGCAUGACGGGCUGCGUGAGGAACCUGGCGCUGAUGAACGCCCGGCCGGGACAGCAGCCAGCCCAGGCCAUCGACCUGCAGGCCCACGCGGCCCACGGCAUCAACGUGCAGCCGUGCUCUUCAUAGGCGACGCCACGCGCCUGCACACACACGUAGACAAAAACACACACACACACACACAGACACACACAGAGAGAGAGACUAUGGAGUGAUGUCAGACACACACAGCAGACUCACACAGAGAGACACACAUAGAGCCUGACACAAACUUGGUGCUUUGCUGCUACCAAAAAAAAAAAAAAAAAAAAAAAAAAAACACAACAAAACACACACACACAAUAAAACAAGAUGACAGGAUGCGUUUCUCUGUGUGCAGUAAAACCAAAAAAGACAGAAAAAUUGAAACAAUAUUAACAAGUCUUCUCUUCCUCAGUGUUGUAUUCUCAAUGAAGGACUAUUAACACAGGACAACCAGUACAGUUUACAUACUUCCAGCAGUAGUUUUAGCCAUGAGAAGAGUAAAACAUAUUAGGCCUUCUACGAUGGGUCAGAUCCUAUGGAGUUGGAGAUGUUUUUACAGCACUGAAUUUUUAUUUAUAUACAUAUGAAUAUAUAUAUAUUAUAUUUGUGGGGGAAAACAUGCAAACUAACCAUAACUGCUCUUCAACUUUCCUAGAGUUUAUUCUGGGUUCUAAUACUGUGUGUCCAGGGCUUUUUACAGGCCUAACUGUAUUAAUACUUGAAGACGUUUAGGCCUUCUUUCUUCACUUCUGUAGAGGAACCUUUUUUUUUCCGCGAGCAUGCUUACAGUCUUUUGCAGAACUGUUGGGAGAGGAGCGCACACGGUCACAGUCACAUGCAGCUUCAGUACACAACUCAGGACGUCAAAUACAAAUGAAUACUCGCAAAUGUUACAAGUACUGCUGCUUUAACUAGGCUUAUAGGCGAAAUCAGUCGCUGUUGUGUCCUCUCUGUCUGUAUUUGUUCUUUUUUAUGAAAAAGAAAGAAACCUUGGUGCUAAUGUCAGACAUGAAGAUACAGCACAUAGUCAUAUGGUUGCCUGUCUGGCACUUGUAGAGGUGUUUUUUUUUUUCUUUUAGUAAUUUGGUUACUUAGAUGAAAACAACAAUCUAAAGCAGUAUACGCUAGUGUCAUUUGUUGAUAUGCAUGGCAUUUGAGGUUGAUUUAAUGAUGAUAUGGCAUGGUUUGUUGCCUCCGCAGCCUUAUGUAAUUGAGUAGAUCUCAAAAAAAGGAGUUUUUAAGAACUGAAAAGGAUGUAAUUUUUUAUGUGUGAUUGCUGAAGAUAUUGUUUUGUGUGCAAAACUAUCUGCCAGUCAGGUAGAUAUCCGUGUCAAUUGCGAACGAGUGUGUAUGCGAAGUAAAUUUGUUGGUUGCGUAUGUUUUUUUUUUUUCUUUCCGUUUCUCACUCUAGGUCACUCUACAUUAAGCCCCAGUAAGAGUCAGGUGUCUGUGUGUGUGUCUGUGUGUGUGUGUGUCAUCCAUAUCCUCAGGAGGGUCAACCCAGAACUGCCUCAAGGUUUUACUUCAAUUUCAGGUUUAGUAGCUUUAGAGACAUGUCAAUAAGCUCUGAAACUCUGAAGGCUCUGUGGUUCUGUAGGUUGUUUUCUCUGCAGAGGGAGAGUCAUCUGCAGCGGCACACAGCUGGGUUAGCGUUCGGUCAUGUGGGAAUGCAGUGGAAGCCUCCUGCAGGUGCUGUGAUCAGUCGUGUAGCUCGAACAAAGCAUGCUCGCCCACCUUUUAGCCGACCACACCGCAAAACCACAACGGCACCAUCACUUUGGGGUUCGCAGACUUUUUUUUUUCUCAUAUUUUUUUUUGUAAGCUUAAACUAUUUGUAUUAAUAUCCUAAAGUGAGCACUAGCCUUUCACUUAGACGUUGCUUCAAUUUUAUUUAUUUUAUGUUUUUCUCUUUUUUUUCAUUGCUUUUGUUUCAAGGCUUAAUUCUGUUGAUUUAGAGCGAUCACAGAAGCUUGCUAUUUUCUUCGCUCCGGUUAUUGUGUAUUGCCUCCCACACCCCGUUGUUUUUCCCCUCAUGUUGGAGUUGAAAUAGGGCCCGCCUGGCAACUUCUUUACAGACCACCCCAACAAGGUUCCAUUAGAGGUUAAUAUGUAGUACAUGACUGGAGCUGCCUGGUCAAAUGGAUGGAAACUGGUCUUAUUAUUCACUCGAUGAAAAAGUCUUAGGCUCCAAAUGCAUGAAUGCACAGAAUGGUGUCAUCAUGAACAUGUGGACGGAGAACUGAAGCUGUGCUGUCCAGGUUUAGGACAUUAAAGCAAAGAAUGAUGGUGUGUGUGCCCCUUGUUGGGCGCCUUUUGUGUAUCUGCUCUUAAACUGGAUUUUCAUGUAUACACUGUCAUAUAUACACUGUCACCAAAUGGAAGUCUAUCAAGAAACUGCCGCUGCUCUUUGGUUGGUUUUACACCAUUUCAAAUUAUGAGAGGUGCACUUUUGGUAUUGAUGGAAAGCUUAAUUUAAUUUUUUUAAACAUCUUACUGUUUUACUUCUGAAUGACAAAAACAGUAACUCGCUUAAAUGAAUGAAAGUGUACCAGAUGAAAAUUGUCUCUGUCAGGAUGACCUGACUGUUCCAUUUCCAGUGUUGAAAAGAUGCUCCCCUUGUCCUUGGUGUUUCUUAAUUAAAGACAAAAUUCAUGUGCUAUUUGUAA